UCAGGGAAAUCAAAAGGCGUGCAAAAUCUGUAUGGUUAACAAAAUGCAACAACAAUUAAACAAUUCCCAAUUCUUUACCACUCUGGAUUCCAUUUUUUCUCACUCUCUGCCCUCCACCGCCGUCGCCCUCAGCACUAUGCCGGAGACGGCGAUGGGCUCGUCGGUGUACCUCCGACAGAGAGAUCUGGUCCAUAAAUUUUGCGUUGAGAAUCACCACCUGCAAUUCCAACAGCAGCACCGCUACCAGCCAGUUGAAAUUUCCGUUGGUUAUGGGGGUUUUCCGGCGUCGGUGAAGAAGAAGCUGUACAGGGGUGUGAGGCAGAGGCAUUGGGGGAAAUGGGUGGCGGAGAUUAGGCUGCCGCAGAACAGAAUGAGGGUUUGGUUGGGAACCUAUGACACGGCGGAGGCUGCCGCCUAUGCGUAUGACAGGGCGGCGUAUAAGCUCAGAGGAGAAUACGCGAGGCUGAAUUUUCCCAAUUUGAAGGAGUUUAGGAAUUUGGGGUUCGCCGAUUGCGGCCGUUUGAAUGCUUUAAAGAACUCUGUUGAUGCUAAAAUUCAAGCAAUUUGUUCGAAGAUGAAGAGGGAAAGGGCUAAAAAGAGAAGCAAGAAAUUGGAUCCCCAAAACAUCCCCGUUUCUGAGUCGUCUUCGCCGUCGCCGAUGGCAGCGACGUGGUGUUCGAGCGGUGAAACGGGGUGUUCGUCGGCGGUUUCUGAAGAUGGGUUUUGGAGAACGGACAAUUCGCUGCCAUCGUCGUCGUCUUCCGUCUCGGCGGCGGCGGUGGCGAUGGUGGGGGAAGGGGACUGUGAAGGGUACUCUUCUCUGGCGAAGAUGCCGUCUUUUGAUCCAGAUUUAAUUUGGGAAGUUCUUGCAAAUUAAAUUGAAUGAACUUUCUCUCUUUGUUGUAAUUUAUUUUUUACUCCAUAUAGGUAAUAAAAAAUAUAUUUUUUAGGAAGAGACUUACACAUGGUUAGAAAGAUUGUUUGGUUUGUCUUUUGAGUUUGGUUUGUCUUUUGCAUCUGAGACACAAUUUAUUUCCCUCAGCCCAUCGUCUUUGUUGACACUCGUUUCUCUCAUGAAUCGACGUAGAAUCUUCCCCCUUCGAAGUUCAAUGUUCUUGCUAACACACCGCCCAAUAUCUACCUCAUUUAAGAGUUCAGAAUACACUGAUUCGAUUCAUAUUGUUGAAGGGAGAGGAAAAGAAAGAGAAGAAAGGAAGGCCAUACCGAAACCCAUACCGGAAACGUGAAUGAAAGAAACAAGGCAUCAUGUUCUAACGUUUUGGGAUUUAGAGUUCACACAAGAAGCUUAUCCAUUGAUGAUAGGGGUAACAAUGGUGGCCCUCUUCAUAGUAAGCCACAUGUCCACAGUGUCCUAUGCCACGACUUGUGUAAGAGCCCCCAUACCCUUCUAAUCUUUAUUAUGCAUUUACU